AUGGGUUCCAGACUUAGCAGACAGAACAGCUUGGACAGCGAGAAUUUCUCUAAAAAGCGACGCAGGCUUCUCGAUGUCGCCACGGAAAGCGACAAUAGGAGCGGCCGGGUCGGGGGCGACUUCCUGUUUGCCCUGAUGCUCAAGACGGACAAACUGCCCGGGAUGCUGCGUAGGUCCAACCACAGCCCCUACAUGAGACGGGUGGCGUGGAUAAGGGAGAUUCAGAAACUGCUUCGCGAUCGCAGGAUGGAGCAAGCAACCGACGUGCUCAGAUUGCUGAGGAAGGAUCUGGGAUUGGAAGGUACCUCACUCAAUGACAUUUUAUAUAAAAAUGCUGCCUUCCUCAAUCUGGUGGAUCCAAUUUCACACGAGCUGCUGCUGAGUUUGGCCCGAGAGAUGCAAAAUCCUAAGAAGGAUUCAGACACCAUAAAGUCGUCGGAUAAAAUUUGCAGACAGCUAAUCUACCACCUGACCCCACAUUCAAAAUGGCUGAGGCAGAGCAUGUCCCGUCGGAAAUCCCAGGCAUGUCUCAAGACAACGCUCCAGAAGAAACUGUCCAAUGACACUGUGGACUUGUCAGGCAUUCCUCUGUCCACCCGAGAUGUCCGUCAAGUGGCUUUCUACCUCCAAAACAAUAGAGAUAGCGUGGUGGCCGUGGAUAUCAGCUUUACGGAACUCCAAGAUGAAAACCUGAGGCUGCUUCUUCCUCUUCUUGCCUCACUGCCCAAACUCAACACCCUUGCCCUCAACGGGAACCGUCUCACCCUGAGUAUACUCAAAGACCUGACUGAGAUGCUGAAAGACCCCAAGAAGUUCUCCAGCCUUGCCUGGAUAGACCUUGGAAACAAUGUUGAUAUUUUCACCAUGCCUCAACCGCUGUUGGUAGCUUUACGUCGACGUUGUAGCCUCAAAAGUAGUCUACCCACAAUCUAUGAGUACACAGAGGGUCAACCCUACUGCUACCGGCUAGAGACGUCAAUUGAGGAACCCAGCCACUAUGAGGAAGAUGAGGAAGAAGAGGAUGAGCAGGACGACAUCGACGACAUGGGUAAAAAAUUUGAGCUGGAAUCAUGGGGCUUAGGUGAGAAGCAGCUUUCUAAAGACUUUACCCUUCACUACUGUGAGAGGUGA